AUGACGCUGGGAACCUCUCAGUCCCGCGGUGCAAGCUCACCACUUUUAAAGGAGGAACCACUGCCAUUGAGGACAUCUCCCCAACACAGAGGAGGAACAGAUCAACAGACACCUCGCCCAGACCAGACCUGUGGGACCAACACCGAGAGGACUGACAUCCAGACCACACCUCACCUAUGGCUCCCCCUCGCUGUGUCUGCGGGGAGGGACAGAGACUGUCUACAGGCUGGGGACACCUGCUCCAGUGACGACGCGUGCAGCCCUCGUCUGCGGACGCUGAGACAGUGUGUGGCGGGGGACGGCAGUGUGAAGCUGGGCCCUGGGGCCAGGAACCAGUGUGAGAACGCAGUCACGGCCCUGCUGUCCUCCCCGCUGCACGGCUGCCAGUGUAAACGAGGCAUGAAGAGAGAGAAGAACUGCCUCAGUAUCUAUUGGAGUCUGCACCAGUCUGUCCUGCAUGGACUGAGCCUGGUGGAGAGUUACCCUUACGAACCCGAAGAGAGGGGCUUCGACUACGUACGCCUGGCCUCCAUCGCUGCAGGUGCAGUUGGCAUAGCGACGUUGAACCGUUGUCUGGACGCGGCGAAGGCGUGUAACGUGGACGAGACGUGUCAGAAGCUCCGUACGGAAUACGUCUCAGCCUGCAUCCAGCCGUCGGCCCGCUCAGGCCCCUGUAACAGAGCCAGGUGUGACAAGGCUCUCAGGAAGUUCUUCGACCGGGUCCCUCCUGACUACACCCACCAGCUGCUGUUCUGCCCCUGCACAGACACGGCGUGCACUGAGAGACGGAGACAGACCAUCGUACCAGCCUGCUCCUAUGAAGACAAAGACAAACCCAACUGUCUGGCUGCACUGCGACUCUGCAGGGCUGACUACGUCUGCAGGUCCCGCUGGGCCCAGUUCCAGUACGACUGUCAGCCCUCAGAAUACUUUGCCAGCGGCUGCAAACAGGACAACUACGCAGCCUGCCUCCUGUCCUACACUGGCCUCAUGGGCAGUACGAUAACUCCUAACUACCUUGAUAACUCAACGUCUAACGUGGGUCCGUGGUGCUCCUGCUCGGCCUCCGGGAACCACCGGGAACAGUGUGACGGCUUCCUGGAAUAUUUUCAUGAUAAUGUCUGCCUGAAGAAAGCCAUGAUGGCGUUUGGGAACGAGACAGACAAGCAGUCCUCCAUCGGAGCAGCCAACCAACCAGACACGCCCAGCCCUAACAACCACAUCCAGCGCCCGGCAACCACCGUCCCUGGUAUCACCAUGGAAACAAAACAGAAUGUCCUGAGAGAACAGAUACCCACUCAGGUGAAUGAAAACAAUAGACUGUGGGGUGAUGAUGGUGAAGACUCCACCCUGCUGUCUCCCAGGCUGUUGGACCAUGGAGCUGCUCCCCACCUCCUGUCUGCAGUGGGCUGGACCCUUCCACUGGGCCUCUCCCUGCUGCUGCUGCUCGGAUACCAGUAGACCCUGGUCUGGGCCUGACCUAGCCCUGGGGCUCCAUA